AUGGCGGCAAGCGGACCCGUCGUGGCUACAGGCGGGCGUUUGCUAGCUGCAGGGCAUCAGGCUUGGGCCCUCCUUCCAUUCCUCCACAUCACCACCACAACCGCCGUCGCGCGCCUGCCCAUCACCGCCUGGAGCGCACGCGAACCCACACUCGAGCGCGAUCCCGUCGCCGAACCCGCUGGCAUCCAAAUCCAACAAUGCGAUAAACGACCGACCGACUUUCUUUGA